CCCAAGCCGGCGUCUGGGCAGCUUGUCAGCCUCUGGCCUUUCUUUCUUUCCUUCAUCCCAAGCCAUGGUCCUCCGCUCCCAGAGAUACCAACAUGGUGACUGGAGUCGAGACUGUAGGCAUUGUCCUUGCUAUUCUCCCCUUGCUUAUUAACCAACUGGAUCAGUACGUCCAGGGUAUUGAGACACUGAAGUUAUUUGGCAAGAACCGGUAUCGCCGAGAGCUAGAUAGCUACCGCACCAACAUUGAAACGCAAAAGGCCAUAUUCGUUAACACACUUAUCCUCUCUCUGGAUGGAGUGGUGGAGUACGCCGAGGAGAUUGGCGAUCUGAUUGAGAGGCCACAUGAAGGCCCCUGGACAAGACCUGACUUCAAGGAGAGGUUUAAACAGAGGUUCGGAGACAAUUUUGGUCCAUUUGAGCAAACCAUGUCGGAACUGUCGGAGCUGUUGGCUGAGCUCUCCGAUAAGUUAGGCUUGGAAAGCCAGGGGACAAAGCCACUGUGGGAUCAGCCGUCCACGCUGGAACGAGAGAUCACAAAGUUACGCCAUAUCCUCAAGAAAAGCGUCUAUGCCGAUCUUCUCAAUCGCAUACGCACUGCAAAUUCUAUGCUGAAGAUUCUAGUUGACCAGACGCAUCAGCGCCAGGCAAUGCGAAGCAGGUUAAGAUUGAAGCAACCCCUUGUACAACAGCGAAGGGCUCGCAGAGCAGCGCGCAGUCUGUACCGCGCCAUGAUAUGUGAAAAGUACUGGGACUGCCCCUGCAAGGAACAGCACUAUGUCCAGGUUAUUCUCGGUAGCCAAUCGCCGGACACACAGAGCCAAGUCGAGUCGUCACAAAAGCCCCGUUUCCGUAUGGUUUUCGCAUCAAAGAUGGCUGGUAUAUCGGCCGCCUCCUGGAAUUGUUGGCACGAAGUGGAGUUUGAAGCGGAUACGACGCAGGAACAAGAAGCUGUAUACAAUUUCAGCACCAUAGAUAUCAGCUUAUCCACAACCUCUUCCAGCCAGAGUAAUAGAAAUGUUCGCUUUUCUGUCACGCCAGCAUUUUCGGGGAACAGUACGAUGGUUCUGACGGAGCCUCGAUUGGCUACACACCCUAUUAACAACAUCUGUUCCACGUUGUCUAGAAUCAAUGACAAGGUAGGCCAGCAAACAUUGCUUGGGUUCUUAACAGACGAGACGAGCAAACACAACGCGUACCACCUGAGAUGCAUACCUAGCUAUCAAUUAUCCCAAUCACUCGAGGAUCUGGUCACAGCCUCAUCGGCAUCUGCGCGGGUUCCCAGUCCAGACGGGCUCCUAUUUAGCCGAAGGAACCGAUUGCGUCUUGCGGCCAAGCUUGCGACCAGUGUAUUUCAGUAUCAUGGAAGCUGGCUCAAGAGCUACUGGAGAGCGCGGGAUAUCAUGUUCCUCGACGAUCCCUCCAGCCAGUUACAGAAUCCGUAUAUCCCUUGGAACGUUGCAUGCGAUCUAACCGGUGGUAACGGUGGCGAUGCUCGCAAGAAAGGAGGCUCUGCUGCAUCCGGACGGAACGGUCUUCUCUUUCCUUUAGGACUCGUUCUUGUGGAGCUUUCACUGUGCCAGACCUUAGAGGUCCUAUAUACGUCCGAAGACGGUGAUGGUGCGGAGACGAUCAGGCGCUUGAACACAGCUAUGCGCUACCUUCCCGCGGUGGAGAUAGAGAGUGGCUGGAAGUAUGCUGAAGUGGUGAGACAAUGCUUAUGGUGGCCACACGGCAGGAAACCAACAGAUCUAGAAAAUGAGCGGCUGCAGGAGGAAGUAUUUCAACUGAUUGUCCUCCCUUUGAUGGAGGAUUUGAGGGACUUCGAGGGACGAUCACGGCUAGAGUGACAGACUGCUACUAAUAGAUGGAUGCAUUGAAACCCUGGGUACGUUUUUGAUAUCUCAUGGGCCAGUUCUACAUUUUACCUUCAUAUAAAGCUUCUACUUUGAUUUGCCAACCAUCCCGGAUAUUAACCGCACACAUUUUGGGGAUAAUUGAGAGACGCCGGGAGAGACAAAUGCCGUCUUUGUGUCUGGCUAUCUGCUGCCAGUCAUAGGAAGAAUACAAAAUGUUCCUCCGAUCUGUGUCUCCAGAGU